AUGGGGAAGGAAAUGAAAUGUCAUUGUUUUCUCUAUGAAAAGAGAGAACCGACAGCCCCCCAGACAAAUGACAGGAUCUCCAUCAGUGACAAUAAAACUGGAAGAGUGUUCACAGCAACUGUGAGGGAUCUGAGAGAAGAGGAUGAAGGAUGGUACUGGUGUGGAAUAGAAAGAACUGGCGAUGAUGAAGGCACUUCUGUGUAUCUCACUGUCAAAGGUUUGCUUUUGCUCUCACAGCUCAACAUUAAAACUGUAAUGGUUUGGGUCACACUGGGUCCUAUGUAUAAAACAUCAUUGGAUGUUUUAAUUAUUGACUGUUUUUACCAGACGGUUUUCCUGAAUAAAAAGGGUUUGGCAUUACAACUGUUCUCAUUGUCUUUACAAUGCCUAAUUCAGGAUGUUGUCUGCCACAUAUAUACUGUACUCUGUACUACACACUUUGAUGCAGGUGCUGCAGCCCUUUCUGGACCAGACCAGGUGAAUGGCUUGCUUCAGGAAUCAGUGACUAUCCAGUGUCGUUAUGGCAAAGACUACAAGGACAGAGUGAAAUACUGGUGUAAAGGACAGCUUCGUAUAUCCUGUAUCACUCUGAUAAGUACUGAUGCCCUCCAGACAAACGACAGGAUCUCCAUCAGAGAUAAUAAAACUGAAGGAGUGUUCACUGUAACUAUGAGGGAUCUGAGAGAAGAGGAUGCAGGACGGUACUGGUGUGGAAUAAAAAGAAGUGGCUAUGAUGAAGUCACUUCAGUGUAUCUCACUGUCAACAAAGGAACGUUGAAACCAACUACAACAACACCAACAACAACAGAAAGAACAGCCCCAGCCACUGCAAGCACUGCUGUGAACACCUCUUCAUCUCCUGGACAAACAGGACACAUUACUCCACACUUUGAUAUCUGGUCUUACCUUCGCUGGAUCCUGUUUGUUUUAAUGCUGGCUUGUCCUCUUGUGGUGCAAUUAUGGGAUUGUCAACGCAAGCAUGGAUGUUAUCCUGAACUCAACAGUACUGGUGAAUGAUGGGUAUAACCGGAUAAUCUACAAUCGAAAGCACUUGGGUCCCUGCAAGCAACAUGGAAGAUAAAUGUACUUACACAUGACAAUAAAUAGGGUGAAAGCUUAAUAACAUACUCAGUACAUCUUAAUAUGCACUGCUAUUCACCAUACUGGUCUUAAUUUGCAGUUAAGAUAGAGCCCUACUUCGUAGGAAACAUGUUUGUCCUAUUUAAUAUCAAAAGAAAGUGUCUUUAUUGUGUGUCUGUUGCUUGGAAUCAUGGGACAGUCAUGUGAUCAUGUGAGUUACAGGAGACACACUGGCUGACGUGCAAAGGCAGGAAUUCCAGUGUAAGAACUACGUCUCCCAGCAGCCUUUGAACUCCCUAUCAAUCAAUGUGUCUCCUCAAGAGUCAUGUGAUUAAAAUAUAACCAAUGAAAGCUUAAUAUUUACUUGCAACACCUGGUUUGGUACUGCUCAUGUUUUUUUUUUAUCCCAUUUUAUAUUAACAAUAAUUAAAAGGAAUUUCAUUGUAAAUAAUGAAGUGAUUAACUGGAAUCGUAUCUGUUUUCCAGCAAUAACAGGGGAUAGUAAUUUGUUCAGGAUUAAAGCAAGGGUUACAGUAAUAAAAUACAAUUCUACAAAAGCGCUUAUAAUAUAACAUACCUAUAUUUCUGGUCAUUAUUGUUUGGUUAAUAUUUAGCAUUACCUUUUUUUGGGGGGUGACAGAGAGUUUUGUUAAUCGGAUAAUGUCAUUUUGUUUUUAAUUUAAAAAAUCUGAAUAUAAUGGUAAAAAAAGCAAUUCAUUUAUUUAUAGUUUCCCCCCCCUGGUGUUGCACAAAGCUGCUAACACAUUUAAAUCUAUACCCUAGUUAAGGGAAAAUGUAUCCCUAAGGAUUCUACUUAAACUUAAUACUGAAGACGCUUCAUGCAGAUAUCCACCAACUCAGUGCUUUGUUUUGUACACAGAGUGACAGACAAUAAACUUCAGUGGUGACUUCCAAGAUUGGAGGCACAUGAACUAUUGUACAGUAUCAGUCUGGGUAGAAUCCAUUGCAGAAACACUUACUGUAUUAAAAUGAAGAGCAGACGCCUCCCCCCAGUGCAUCUGCUCUGAAUGAUGUAUGUGUUCUGUAUCAAUGUGGUUUUGAAAAAAAGGAAGGAUAUGAAAAACAUAUUCUUUUUCUCAGAAAUAAGGAAGCUUUUACUCAGCCAGCUUGUACACUGGUUCUCUGUGUGUAAAAUGAAGUUCCUCGUACUUCUGGCUGCUCUGUCAGGUAAAGGAAACUGGUUUAAUUUGUAUUUGUGUUACUAUAACGGAAUGAUAGUUCACAGUUUUUUUUGUGUAUUACAGAGCUAUUGUCGUUAUCGAAGUGUAAAUGUUUCUGAUCCCAGAUUGAAUGUAUGGUGUGAUUGUCUUUUAGAGUGAUGUUGUUUUUAGAGAUGUGAAAUUAUUGCUGUCAGCUUUUGGUCAUCUUGCCAGGACACUCAGGCCUCGUUUCAAUGGGCUUUUCCUGGUUUAAGAAUAAAUAAAUACAUACAAAAAUAAAUACAUUGUGAUAUUGUUAAACUGGGAGCAUGUAUAUGUGUUAUCAGAACUAACAGACUCCUUUAGAUCCUUGGUUUAUGUAUAGCAAAUGGAAUUAUCUUUACAUCAAGCUGAGCGAUAAGUACAACAAACAGAUUUAGAUUGAGUUUAAACUGUUUUAAGUUGUGAAAGAGGCAGCUUGUCUUUUGUCACAUGUACGUUUUAUGGUGUGAUGCAUCCAUAACUACAGGAAACAUUAAAAGUGAAAGAAUUGUGAAUGUUUAUUCGAUCUACAAUGUUUGCAUUUGUUUUCUUACUCUUCAUGGAAUAUUUAAGUCCAAAAUGUCUUUUUUGAUUAAAAGGAGUUUUAUCUAAAAUAAAUCUAUUUGUAUGUUACUUUGAACAGACAAAUGGUGAUUCUUUUGGAACCCUAUAGCAGAGAAUGACACACAUAUAUAAUCAGCUAAUGUAUAAAACGGCAAUCUAUAGAAAAGUAUUUUUUAUUAAUGAAAGUGUGACUGUAGCUAAUAUAGCAACGAGGGGUCCUGAACAUUAGUGUGUGUGGUUGAGAGGACUGUGUUUGGUUAUUAAACUGAUGUUAGUAAAACAAGGAAACAUACAUUUAAACAUACAAGCAAGCAUACAUUUUUACAUGGAUAAAAACAGCAUGCAAAAAUGUACUUCCACUUUCUCUACACAACUAAUAGAUAUGUUUGUGGUAACACUGACACUGAUUCACAAAACCUGACUGCAUGUUUUAUUUAUUAUAGAUUAUAGGGUUUUUUUCUAGAUGAUUUAUUUUUUUCAAUAAACAAGCUGGCGUCAGUAAAAUCUAACUACCACGAAACACGUAUUGAUAUAAACAGCACACGACAAUGACACCGUUUGCUUUUGCUCUCACAGCUCAACAUUAAAACUGUAAUGGUUUGGGUCACACUGGGUCCUAUGUAUAAAACAUCAUUGGAUGUUUUAAUUAGAGACUGUUUUUACCAGCCAGUUUGCUUGAAUAAAAAGGGUUUGGCAUUA